AUGCCUUACGUUGAGACACCGCCCGACGCACGGACCCCUGAGAAUGACUCCUUUGGUCACGAGAUCAAUGAUAUCGUAGAUGGCGAACUCAUUGAGCCGAUUGCCGUUAUCGGGUUCGCCCUCAAGGCGCCGGGCGAUGCAACCAACGCAGAUGCGUUCUGGGACAUGCUUGUUGAAGGCCGUUCCGGAGCAUCAGAAUUCCUCAGCGAUCGGAUCAACAUCGAAGCAUUCUCCCAGAAGGGCAUAAAAAGGAGCGGAGACAUCCCUAUGCGUCGAGGACACUUCAUCAAAGAUGACAUACGAGCGUUCGACGCCGGUUUCUUUUCCAUAUCACACACAGAGGCUCGUGCCAUGGAUCCGAUGCAAAGACUCUUGCUAGAGACCGCGUACCACGGUUUCGAGAACGAUCCCCUGGCAAUACCAACAUAUGCCGCUACCGGAACAGGGGCAUCCAUUCUCGCCAACCGAAUAAGUUGGUUCUUCGAUCUCAAAGGCCCUAGCGUAAACAUGGACUCUGCAUGUUCAAGUAGUGGCAUGGCUUUGGAUCUCGCCUGCGAAAACCUUCGCAAUGGGUCCACGAAGAUGAGUCUUGUCGGUGGCUGCAACCUCACAUUUUCUCCAGAGUAUUUCACUAUGCUCACUAAUCUUAACAUGUUGUCCAAAGAUGGUCAGUCACACAGCUUCGACCCUCGAGCCAAUGGCUAUGCGAGGGGAGAAGGUUUUGGCACGGUGGUGCUGAAGCGGAUGAGCGACGCUGUUGCAGACGGAGACACAAUCCGAGCCGUUAUACGGUCGACAGGGUGUAAUCACGAUGGCAAGACGCCAGGUAUAACCCAACCAAGUAGUGCAGUACAAGAACAGCUCGUACUAGAGACGUACCGAAAGGCUGGUCUCUCCAUGGAGCCCACGCGAUUCUGCGAAACACACGGAACCGCUGGUCUGAUCAAGGCAAUUAUGGUCCUGGAAAAUGGACUGAUACCGCCGAACUUCGACUUCCAAGGUCUCAACCCUAAGAUCGAUGCUGAAUAUCUUGGUAUCAAGAUUCCAGAGCGUGUCAUUAAAUGGCCCUCAAAUGGUCUGCGGAGGGCUUCCGUCAACUCAUUCGGGUUCGGUGGUUCUAACAGCCAUGUGGUGCUGGACGAUGCAUACAAUUACCUCCGGCUGCGCGGCUUGCAUGCCAACCAUCGUACUGUGGCGCGCCCUCAUCUCCAAGCGAGUGAAUCCGCGAAUGACUACCACAACGGUAAUGGCUCCUCAAGCGGUCUCUCCAAUGGUUCCGACUCCGGAUAUAGCGACUCGUCGGAAGCUGGUAUUGAGAUGCCAAAGACUCUUGUCUUCUCAGCUGAUACUGAGGAAGCCCUGGCACGCGUCUUGUCAUCUUACCAAGACUCUCUCAAUCAGCACAAGUUAUCCAUCGGCGAUCUGGCGUACACGCUCGACAGCAGACGAUCACCUCCCCUGGCGGUCGUCUCUCACACCCGGAAAAUUCAGGACAAGAAGCCACGCUUGGGCUUUGUAUUCACCGGCCAAGGCGCACAAUGGUUCGGUAUGGGCCGUGAGUUGAUGCUUUACCCGGUUUUUGCAGAGAGUGUGAAGAGAGCGGACAAGCACCUCAGGAGCCUCAGAUGCCCCUGGUCUGCUGUCACAAUGUUCACAAGCCUCGAGAAGUUGAGCAUCGACGACCCGACUAGCUCGCAAACGCUAUGCACUGUCCUACAGGUCGCGCUUGUAGAUCUCCUCGACCAUUGUGGAGUGAAGCCAGCCGCGGUUGUAGGGCACUCGUCCGGUGAGAUUGCUGCCGCCUACGCUUCGGGCGCAAUAUCAAGACAGUCUGCGUGGUCGCUGGCAUACCACCGAGGGUACCAUGCUCAGACAUUGCCAUCUCGGACAGAUUAUCUUGGCAGUAUGAUCGCUGUCGGUCUCUCGGAAGCUGAGGCGCGCCCGUAUCUUGAGGAAGUUAUCCAGUCGAAUUCUUCACCAUGGGCAUUGCGCGUUGCUUGCUACAACAGUCCGCGGAGUAUGACUGUGUCCGGACCGAGCGACCAGGUCGAUCAUCUCAAGACGGUUCUAGAUGCUGCUUCGGUCUUCAAUCGGAUUCUGCGGGUUCCUGUGGCUUAUCACUCGCCGCAGAUGGAAGUCAUUGCAGCCGACUACGGCGACUCAAUCGGCAGCCUGCCCGAUCAAAAGCUGCAAGUUCCGAUGGUCUCAUCUGUGACGGGCAAGAUAGCAACUGCGAAGCAAUUGCAAAGAGCGCAGUACUGGGUCGACAACAUGGUUUCCGCGGUCCGAUUUGAUGAGGCUGUGGAGGCCAUGUCCGCCAUCUCGCCCAAGACCUUGACCAAGAAACUUGACAAAAGCCACCUUAUGACGCCUGCAGUUGACCUCCUUGUCGAGAUUGGACCCCACUCAGCUCUGAAAGGGCCUGUCCUUGAUAUUCUAAAGAAGACGCCCAGAGCCUCUGAAGUGGAGUAUGAUGUUGCUAUCUCUAGGAAUGCGUCUGCUGUUGAGACUGUACAGCAACUCAUCGGGCGCCUGCACUGCAGAGGCCUCAAUGUCGAUUUGAGGCAGACCAACGAUCCCACAGGCGUUCCCCGCGCCGUAGUCACCAACCUUCCAGCAUAUCCGUUUGACAAGUCGCAAACCUUCUGGCAUGAGAGCCGCAUCAACAAAGACUAUCGCCUGAGAGAACACGGUCACCAGGAGUUCCUUGGUUCACGAUCGCUGGAGUGGUGCCCACUUGCUCCGCAGUGGCGGUACUUCAUCCGUACCAAAGAGCUUCCUUGGACUGAGGACCACAAAAUCAACGGCGCUACACUGUAUCCUGCUUCCGGAAUGAUGGUGAUGGCUGCCGAGGCGGCUCGCCAGAUGGUCGCGCCGGCAGGCGACAUCGAGGGCUACCAGUUCCGAAACGUAAAGUUUUCUACGGCUCUGAACAUCCCACCAUCGCGAGGAGAGCUUGAAGCACGUAUCGGUUUGCGGCCACUUGAUAAUACCGACCAUGGCUUCGAGUAUGUCCUAUACUCCGUGCAAGGCGAUAAUGGGUGGGUCGAGAACUCUAGAGGCGAGAUUCAGGUCUAUCUCAAGGCUGCUGCCGAUCUUUCCCACGCGAUACCAGGUAUAGAUGCGUCUGAAGCUGCACUCACAUGCGAUGAAAGUCUUGAUAUUGAGGUCUUCUAUCAGUAUCUCUGGGAGAUGGGGUACGGAUACGGCCCGGCAUUCCAGCUUGUACAGGACAUCCGAUACGACUCCAAGUACAACAAGGUCCUAGGCCAGAUCAAACCGUUAGUCACGCCUGUGAGCGAGGACUCCAUUGUGCACCCUGCGACGCUUGAUGCAAUCAUGCACCUCGAAUUCGCGAUCCUUUUCCAGGCCGGCAAUGAUCGCCCCGGAACUUUCAUUCCUACCAAGAUCGACAAAGUCUGGAUGUCUGACAAGGGCUUGAACGUGAAGGAUUCCCAUGUCAAUUCGGUUACAACGGUGCAAAGUCGCACUCAGCGACACGCGAAGGGAUCUUGUCAGGUUUUCAGCCAAGACUACAGCCAGACUCUUCUACAGGUGGAAGGGAUUGAGCUCACCAUGGUCGCAUCAUCAAACAGCAAGGACUUGCUGCCACCUGGCUCCGAACAUGUCUUGAACUACGUCUGCUCACAAGUGGACGUCGAUUUGCUGAACGCUGAGCAGCUCAAAGCAUACCUUGCCGAGGCGUUUCCGACUACACUGGAUCCCAUCGUGAAACGCAAGGCGAUCCGUGACUUCAUACUGCUCUCAUUACAGAAUUUGGAUAUGCGUUUGGGGAUCCUGAACGCGACUCCGCCAACACAGCACGGACGUGCGUUCGUGGAAUGGGCUAGGUCUCUAUUGCGGCGUCCAGAUGUCGUACUUCCAGACGCAAGCCUAUCAGACCUCGAGGAUGAAGUCCUACAGCAUGGUACAGAGGGUCGCCUUAUCGUCGAAAUUGAUAAGGGACUUCUUGACAUAGUGCUCGAUCGCCAACCGCCGCACGAGCUGCUUUUCGGACCGGAUCGCCUGCUACCCUCGUACUACGAGGAGAAAGCACAGAUGGAGAUAUACUUCAAACGCCUCGUCCACUACGUCUCGCUCCUCGCACACAAGAGACCGAAUUUGAGGAUCUUGGAAAUCGGUGGCGGAACCGGAACGUUCACUUCGUAUAUCCUAGAUGCGCUCAGUGUCCCCGGAGAAGACGGAGCGAAGCGCUUGCGAUGUGCGUCUUACGACUUCACAGACAUUGGCCCGACUUUCCUCGACCAAGCCGCUACUAGAUAUGCCGAGUUCGGCAGCAAGAUGAAGUACAAGGUCUUGGACAUUGAAUCCGAUCCUGAAGGCCAGGGUUUCCAGCUUGGAACCUACGAUAUCAUCAUCGCGAUCUCGGUGCUCCACGCCACUCGUGACCUGGGAGAAACACUAACAAACACUCGGAAAUUGCUCAAGCCUGGUGGUAAGCUCUUGCUGCAAGAACCGACCACACCUGAGGAUCCUUCCCACUUUUACGCCUUCGGUGUGUUCCUUGGUUGGUGGCUGGGCGUCGAAGAAUACCGGAGGCUAUGUCCUUUGGCCGAUCAACCGACGUGGGAUCGGCUAAUGAAGGAGAAUGGGUUUACGGGAACAGAUAUCGUCAUGCGCGACUAUGAAAAUGACGAUGCGCAUCAGAUGGACUUCCUUAUUUGUUCUGCAGCUGCCAACGAUAUUCCAGUCGUAUCUACACCCGAGUACGAAAUCUCGCUCAUCAUCGAGAGUGGGUCUACUGCUCAGUUAUGUGCGGCGGAAAUCGUACAAAACCAACUCCGUGCAGCUGCAAGUACCGAAAGUAAGAUCAUCAAGUUGAACGACUUGCUGGGCGAGUCUGGAGUACCUAUCAGCACGUGCAUCUCUCUUCUGGAUUUUGACGGACCUUUCAUAACCAACAUGUCGGAACAACAGUAUGACGGUCUUCAACAACUGCUGAAGAGGGCGAACGUUCUCUUGUGGGUCUCACGCGGUGGCGGAAACCACCCGCACCAACCGGGCUUCCAGAUGAUUGAUGGCUUUGCACGAUCAUUCCGCCUCGAAGCCGCGCACCUCAAGCUCGUUCACUUGGCUUUAGAGCCAUCGGAAACCCUGACUGAGAAUCAAGCAGAUGGCAUUGUUCGAAUUCUCGACGUCACCACCACAUCCGAGAAUUAUGAACACGAAGUCACCGAGAAAGACGGCCUAUUCCACGUCCAACGUGUGGUGCCACAGCCUGCUUUGCGGCAAGACUUCUUGGCUAGGAUGCAACCCCAGCGCACGAUCCAGCGCCAGAUCACGGAUAAAUCCAGUCUCAGUCUGACCACUGGCGUCCCAGGACAGCUUGACACGCUUGCGUUUACGGCAGACACAAGACACAAUGAGCCUUUGGCCUUCGACGAAGUAGAGAUCCAAGUCAGGGCCGUAGGCCUCGGCCAUGAAGAUCAUCUCAUCGCAGCUGGGCGGUCGGAAGCUCACGCUUUUGGAAGAACUUGUGCAGGAUUUGUCACCCGUGUCGGGGACGGCUGCAAACUACAAGCGGGCCAGAGAGUAUGGAUGCACUCUAGUGGGACAUGCGGCUCGCUCGCUCGCUCCUCGAUGCAUACCGUGGUGUUCCUUCCGGAAACCGUCUCCUUCGAACAGGCCUGCGCACUGCCUGACGAUAUAGUCACUGCUGCACAUGCUAUCCAAGUCGUUGCGAAGCUCGAGGUCAACGAUUCCAUCCUUCUCCACUGCGCGGGUUCACUUCUUCGCGCCAUGUUGCGCUUCAGCAGGUCGUCUGGGCUUAACGUCUUCGUUCUUGUGCCCAAUUCCAACGAGAAGCUCGAAGUGGAGAAGGAAACUGGAUUGCCACCGCGCAAUGUUCUCGUCUCCACAACGCCCUUCCAACACCAGUUCAAGGCGCUCAACGGAGGUCGAGGAGCAGAUGCUGUGAUCAGCACUCGUGCAGAUCUGGCGUGUGCGGAAGUCCUAUCAAGCUUUGGAACGUACGUGCGAAUCGCGAACGACAAGCAGCCGUCUGCAGCACCUUCUUCCGCGGGUAACACCACCUUUGUCAAUUUGGAUGUUGCUGCGCUCGCAGAUUCCCGUCCGAAGAUACUUCAGCCUGCUCUACAGGUUGCGAUCAGUACCGCUUCUAUAGCCAAGCAGGACAAGGUCCAAACCUAUCCAUCAUCGGAUCUUACCGGGGCCUUUGAGAAGCUGGCUGAGGUUGAUAAUGGUGAGAGAGUGGUGUUGACUUUCAGCUCCAGUGAUUCUGUUCCAACCCGAGUCCCACAAAAAGAGGCAUACGCGCUAAGUGCCAAUGGCACAUACGUCCUCACCGGAGCUUUCGGUGGACUUGGUCGUGAGGUUACUCGUUGGCUAGCAAGCAAGGGCGCGAAGUAUAUGAUUCUUCUUUCGCGGUCUGGACCUCGAAGUGAGGAGGCAUUGAAGCUUGUUGCCGAACUUCAGGCGAUGGGCAUCACUCUUGCAACGCCGAUGUGCAACGUCACAGAUGCCGAUGGCGUGAAGAAAGCGAUCCGCGACGCUCAAGAGGGCAUGCCUCCGAUUCUUGGUUGCCUGCAUUUGGCCGUAUCGGGCAAAGAUAAGUCCUUUGAGUACAUGUCGUACCCCGAGUGGGUGGACCGAACUUCUGCCAAGGUGCAGGGAACCGACUGCGUUUACGCCGCUCUUCCCUCCAACCUCGACUUCUUCAUCAUGACUGCCUCUGUGGGCGGCAUGGCCGGAUUGAUAUCCAUGUGCGCAUACUCCGCCGGUAACGCCUAUCAGGACAAUUUCGCGAGGUACCUCAACGGUAAAGGCCAAAAGGCCAUCGCCAUCGACUACGGCGCUGCUCAAGACAUUGGCAUGCUUGCAGGCCAGGACCUCAUGUACACUCGCCUCAUUCAGACCGGCCAGUACACUCCUGUCACUGAUAAAGAGUUGCUGGCGUUGCUCGAGUAUUACUGUGAUCCGGCGGUUACGGUACAAUCGGUCGAGCAGGCACAGCCGAUCAUUGGGAUUGAGCCCCCAGGCCGCCGCAUUGCGCAAGGCAAGGAAGUACCAGAAGGCAUGAAGCAUUCGUUAUGGGCGCACCUCUACGAUAUGGGAGACUCCAAUUCUGCGACGGAUGCUGCCGAAACAGGACAAACUUCACGUUCCGCGAGUCUCAAGGACUCUAUUAAUGCCGCACCAGACGUGGCUGAAGCGGAGCACAUAGUUAUCGACGCACUCAUUCAACGAGUUGCAAAGACGACAUCCGUACCGCCGGAGAAGAUGGAGGCUGAGAGACCGAUUCACAGCUACGGAGUAGAUUCCUUGACGGCGAUUGAUUUGAGGAACUGGAUUGCGAGCGCGUUUGAGUAUGACAUUGCAGUCUUUGAAAUUCUGGGCGAAGCGACUUUCAAGGGAGUAGGAGGAAGUAUCGCGCGGAAGUUGAAGGAAGAGAAAUAA